CUUAUUUAUUUACUUUAUUGUAGGUUAAAUGUAGGAUUUGCUCCCAGGAGCUGUCUUACUGUAACCGGUCCACCUCCACAAUGCUGAGGCAUUAUCGUGCCCGGCAUGAGAAAGAAGAAUCGGUUAACCCUCCUGUGAUCAACCCUGGUGUUUCCAGAAAGCAGUCGAUUGAUGAGGCUGUAGUGAAUAUGAUUACAGACCGUCAGCCGCUUAGCCUUGUGGAAGACGUGGGGUUCCGAGACCUGCUCCAACUCCUUGAGCCCUCAUAUGUUCUGCCAAGCAGAAAGGUAAGUGAAACAAUCUGAUGAAUGGUGUUAUACAUGUUAACAAAAUAUAUGAAUGUUAUGUGCUUUCACUCAUUGAUCUACUCCACUUGUGUUAUUAAUUUUAGGCUAUCAAGACCAUUAUUAGCCAGAGGUAUGAGGAGAAAAAGGAGCAAGUUAAAAAAGAACUGCAGAGUGCAGUUGCAGUUAGCCUAACAGCUGACAUGUGGACAUCUAUCAACAUGGAGGCUUACCUGGCUGUGACCUGUCAUUAUGUUGACAGUGAGGACCAUACACUGUGUACAUCAAUGCUGGGAGUGCAACAAUUUCCUCAACAGCACACUGCUGAAAAUAUGGCCCAAGUAACAAAAAACUUAAUGGAGGAGUGGGCCAUAGCAAAGAAAGUGACAUGUCUGGUCACAGAUGCGGCUGCAAACAUGAUUGCAUGUGUCAGAAAGCUCCAAAUCAGAUACACAAUUUGCAUUGCACAUUCAUUAAAUUUAACAGUUCGAAAAUCAUGUGACCAAAUUGAGACAUUCACUGAUAUCCGACAUAAAACAAGGCAGAUCGUAACAUACUUUAGAACCAGUACUACAGCCAAAGAGAAGCUGACACGAGUCCAGCUACAGAUGGGAGGACCAGUGAAGAAAUUAAUUAAUGAGGUGUCAACUAGAUGGAACAGCACUUAUUUAAUGCUGGAACGCAUUGUGGAACAGAAGGAGUCGGUGCUGGUAUCUCUGGCCUCUUUAAAAAGUGAUCUACCCCCGCUAACUACAGAUGAUUACAAAAUCAUAGAGGAGACACUCUGUGUGCUUGCUCCAUUUAAUCAAGUGACAGUGGAGCUGUCUGAGGAAAAAAGAGUAUCUGGAUCAAAAGUAAUCCCAAUGCUUAAAAUGUUGCACCACUCACUUCAACGCAAUGUAUCAAACGUGACCACGGAAAUCGCUAUCAAUCUUGUGGAAAACCUUAAAAGAAGACUGCUAGAAACACUGUGCAACCUGGAGUCAUUAAGUGUAAUGACAAUACCAACACUGCUGGACCCUCGGUUCAAGACGAUGGCAUUCUUAAGUGUGUCAAAAGCCAAUGAUGCAGUGAAAAGACUCAAAUCUGAGUGUGUGGCAGAAAUGAAAAGUGCUGUACCGACACAAAUGGAAGAUGCCCAAGCUGGUCCUUCAACUCUCUAUGCUCCCAGUUCAGAUGACAACCUGUGGCAGCACUUGGACAUGGAAGUCAAGGAGAGCAAGGCCAACUCACCACGGAUGCAAUUAUCGAGGUACAAAGAUACCUCUCAGAGGUGAACACACCAAGAUCACAAGAUCCCUUGCAGUACUGGAAAACACAGAGACUAAAUUACCCUACCUUAUACAAACUUGCAAUAAAAUAUCUAUGCACACCAUCGUCAUCAGUGCCCUGUGAAAGAGUUUUCUCCAAAACAGGAGAAAUUGUUUGUAAACGGCGCAAUCGCCUCGGUCCAAAUCUAUUAAAGCAGCUGAUGUUUCUUAAUAAAAAUGUGUGAUUGAACCUUCA